CCUGCCUGUCGCCUUGUCUGUCUGCAUUUCACCAACCAACUGCUCUGUACUUUCAAUCCAGUCCAUCACUCGUAAUCAUCCAUUGGACCGCGGCCAUUGCAUCAGCUAUCGUGUUUUUGCCCGCCGCCUCGAAUCCCAGACUGCCGCAAAUCAGGUUGGCCACUGCUCAUUCCACCACUCUCUAAUCCGACUCGGGGCUCCCAACCCCUUUCGACUCGUCUGUCACCUGCUUUGCCGUACCGUCGCCUGCAGCGCCGUACCCUGCAGCAACUCGACGAGCCAACGCGGGACAAUGGGUCGGCGCCACUGGAAGGCUUGACGACGUCGUGCUGCCUCCAGCAUCGCCCGUGUGUCAUCGCUGCUACACUUGCCUCUCGCUCCCGCAGCACCCGUCUCUCCCCCUCUCCAGCCAGCCAUUCGGCCAAAUGCCUUUUUUACGCCGUCGCGGUGUCAUGGCCAGCGAGUCUGACAUGCGCCGCCAUACCACUCUUUUUGAUCACAAGGCCCAAUCCGAUGCCCCUUUCUUAACUGCCCAGUCCGCGAGCCAACCCUUCGAAAAUGGCGUCGCUUCACAACACUCUGAAACCGAUGAACCGCCUACCAACCCGAACCUAGAUUCGGACCCCAUUCAAGGUACUACCCGACCGAGCCACGACUCUUACGACCGCCCGGAAUCUCCUCCGAUCCAGGAAGAGACUCCGCGGCAUCGCCGCUUUAGCAUGCUUAGGUUCCGUAAUGCCUCAGACUCUCAGCUGUCUACUAGAAUGAAGCAGCACCAGCAGGCGGAGAAGCCGCCGCCGAUGCCAACGCCUCCUGCCAUCAUAACCACAGCCCCUACCUUGAAUUCUGCCGAGAGUACCGUGGCCAACAAGAAGUCAGGCGUCCGUAUCCCGUUGCGAAUACGCCGCUCGAUUGAUGUUCCACGAAGUCAGCCGGACCAGGCGUCCCGGGUCAAAGUCUUGUCGGGCGUGAAAAAGGAGAAAAAGACUCUACUGAACCCCCGUCCCGAAGCUCUAUCAAGCAGACACACUGUCACAUUCGAAGAGCCGUGCAAACCUGCGGCGCCGUCUGCUGCUUCAAACAUCUCUGAAGAUCAAGGCUCUGCAUUGACUAUGUCCGCCCAUCGUCUGUCUGAGUCGUCAAGGUCCGAGAGUAGCUCGACCGAUCACGCCGGUCAACUCCAAUACAGCACUGCUUCCUCAGGGCUGUUCCGGUUCGGUCGCCGGAAGCAGAAGCAACUAGAGCCACUUUUCCCUCUGGCGCAUCUUCCUCAAAGAUCAAAAACGCCCACACUUUCUGUUACAAGCUCAAAUGCGCCAUCUCUUCCACGUAAUUCGACCUCAACCACACAUAUCGCGGACGCACCUCGCCCUUCAACUGGCCAUGAUAGGUCCACAGCUUCAGCUUCUCCAGGCCACGGCCCUACGGCGAACAAAACCCCCGGUUCGCCUGCAACCGCUUUAUUUCGCCCCAGCUCUCGAAACUCGGGUCGAUCGUCUCCAACUCGAUUGACCUUGGGGAAUAGGGGUCGCUCUUCAACAAUGAGUUCCCUUGGUGAGAGCUUCGCUGAACCCCAAUAUCUAGGCGCAUCUCGUACAUCCUCUUCUACUGGUCGCAAGAGUUUCGGUGAUCUCCUGGGGCUUGGUCGCGCGCGGCAAAACACAGACCUCUCCAGGCAUGGAACACUGACUCCUGCGACACCAGGAUCGGCGAACUCGAAGAACAACUCAUUGCAGUUGGCGAGAGAGGUGGUCGUCCUACCUGAGCGACGAGACGAUGACACCCCUGCCAAAUAUCUUGCACGAGUCGAAGAAGUGAUCGCUCGUGGCGCCAUCGCAAGCGCGCUUUCUAAGGAGGCUGAUCCAUUCCAUGCCGCCGUCCUGCGUAGCUAUAUGCGAUCUUUCAGCUUUUUCGAGGAACCUAUGGACAUGGCUAUUCGGAAGCUGCUGAUGGAAGCCGAGCUUCCCAAAGAAACUCAGCAGAUUGAUAGGUGUUUGGAGGCGUUUGCGAACCGAUAUCAUGAGUGCAAUCCGGGGAUUUAUGCUACGCCAGAUCAAGCCUACUUCAUUGCUUUCUCUUUGCUCAUUCUUCACACAGACGUAUUCAACAAAAACAACAAGUAUAAAAUGCAGAAAGCAGAUUAUCUCAAAAACACCCGCGGUGAGGGUAUCUUUGAUGAUGUACUCGAGUGUUUUUAUGAUAAUAUUAGCUACACGCCAUUUAUCCACCUGGAAGACGAUGUGCACACUAACGGCGACCGGUCGGGCAGUUUGAGAUUAAAGAAGAAGUCUGUAUUUCCUGCAGCUAUCGCAGAACCGGCAAGGAGAUCCAAGGAUCUAUUGGACCCGUACACUCUGAUAUUGGACAGCAAACUGGAUAUAUUACGGCCACCGCUCAGGGAUCAAAUACCUCUUGAGGAGCAUUACAGUUACCUAGGGACUGCCAACCGCCUCAACUUGAAAGAGCUCCAGAAAACCUUUUUCAAGACUGGUAUAUUGCAGAUUAUAUCGGCUCGGUCACGUCCGGAUGCGUUUAUGACUGAAAAGACGCAGAAUAAUCCUAAUGCCGCACAUCCAGGGAUAGUCGACAUCAAGGUCACCAAAGUUGGACUGCUUUGGCGGAAAGAGGCGACAAAACGGAGAACUCGAUCACCGUGGCAAGAGUGGGGUGCCAUCUUGACUGGAGCACAACUGUACUUCUUCCGAAAUGCGGGCUGGGUCAAGAACCUACUCCAUCAGCACGAAGCUCAUGUGAGGUCGGGACAGGAUGGUGUCCCCUUAAUAUUUAAACCACCCUUGGAGCAUUUUAAGCCAGACGCAUUGAUGUCCACGGAGGGUGCAGUUGCCCUUUGGGAUAGUAAUUAUAAAAGACACAAGAAUGCGUUUGUUUACGUCAGGCACGGGGGGCUUGAGGAAGUGUUACUAGCCCAGAGUGAAGAGGAUCGAAACGAUUGGCUCGCAAAACUCAACUACGCAGCCGCGUUCAAAACAACUGGCGUGCGGAUGCGUGGUGUUGUUGGUGGUAACUACGAAGGACAGAGCCGUCGAGCGAUUCGCAGGUUAGACAGUGCUGGUGUAACACAACUUAUUCAGACCCCUACCGGAGAGGUCGCCAUUAACCGGAGUAAAAUUGAUCACCAGAUGGCUCGCGACAUAUUACUUGCUAGACGGAUAAUGAUGCGUCAGAAAAUCGAGGAGGCCGAAGAAAAACUUGAAAUCGCCCAGAAAAGCCUCGAGACGCAGCUCAGGAAUGCGCGGCAUCUCCUAGUUUUGGCUCCGAUCCAAGAAAGAACCCGAGAGCAAGUGUGCAAUGGUGCGGCCAAGAUAAUAGCUCAGCUUAGAUGGUCCCGCAUCGAAUUCUGGAGGUUGAAGUGUCAUCGUGACAUACUGGCAACGGACCUAGCGGAGGAAAGAGACAUGAAUGGAGACAUUAGAGAAUCUUCUCCUGAACCUCCGCUUGCGCCCCUGGAAACAAAUGAAAGUGGCAAUAAUGCAACGCAUGAAACUCAGCUAUCUCCUUCCUCAGGUUCUCCGCCCCAAUCCUCUGGAUCCAAUUUGCCGCCAGAUGUUGAACCGCCAAGCCCCGAAAUCUUUCAUACACCACCUACCAGCGCAACAACACUAGCCUCUGAAGACAAGCCGGAUUCACGCCACGAGAAGAACAGCGUUAGAAAGACGUCCCUCUCCAGCGUAGUCACUUCUUCCCCACGUCGACAUGAGCCCAAGCUUGUAGACGAAGAUUCGGCGGAAGAUAAGCAUGAGAGGCACAUACUUGAGCAGAGUGGACUACUUGAAUCGGAGUCUUCUCGUACCUACGAUCGCCGCCCCAGCUCAGCCUACACGACAGAUGAUGCGACAGAUCGUGGCAAGCGACGUAGCAUUGGUGGAACUGACAAGGAUCAGUCUGAUAGAGGCAAAGCGCGGCGUAGCCUGCAACGCUCCCUUCGAGAGGGUGCUGGUCAUUUGUCGGGGCACCGAAGCAAGAAAGGCAAGGAUUCUAUGUCAAUUGGCGGCAUCUCAGAUGAUAGCACACGGGACGAAGUUCUCUUUAGAGGCGCCGGCAGUUUUACAGUCCAUGGUAAAAAGGCUUCGGUGAUCAACUUUGGUGACGAGCUGCAAGGUAUCGCGACAGACGAACACCUAAAACAUCGGAAACAAGCACAGCAGGGUGACGAACAAGACCUUAGAUCUCCUGGCAAUGCCACUUCUACUGAUGUGGAUGAUUUCCAUUCCCUACUUGGUCAUCUUCCUGAGAAUUCGGGCCGAAGGGGUUCAGCCACGAGUGCUAGCACAGCAACAGCUCGCUCCUUCCGGGAUUUACAUCGCAAGUACUCGUCACGGACAACUAAGGGCACCGCUGGCGGAAAUCUUGUUGUGCCGUCUGACGAAGACAGCGACGCUGCUCUGAGCUUCUCAGAUGGCCGUCGAUCGCCACUGCCGCCGCUUGAUGACGAAGAAGAUGAGACCCAAGAAUUAGAUAUGCCACUACCAGCCCGGUUCUAUACACCAGAACCUCCAACAUCACCGAUACAACAAAAUAAUGCAUCAGAUGCCGAAGAAGAGACCCAAGAGACCAACCGUUUCCCCUCGUCGGCAGUUCAGGUACACGCCUAAAUUUUGUCUUUUUUCCCUCCCACAGAACGUAAUUAGCGAUUGGUUGGACCAUCAUCUUUCCGGAGCACCGCAAAAAUGUUCUCAUAGCAGGUUGUGGCGUUUUUGAAGAUAAGGGAAAAUAUGAAUGGAAAAUAGAACAGGCUUUCUUUUAUUCCCACAGGGCCUAAGAUCAUGUUUUCUGCGUUCUCGGACCCAUUUACCACACAUUCUGUAACGAUAGACGGGGACGCACAGACGGGGUAGAUGGGUUUAUUCUGGCUAGCUGUGCUUCCUACUGCUCACACCCAGCUGGCAAAUCCCCCUUAUAGAUAACUGACCUGCCACCCUGGUUCUUUCCCUUCUUUCAUUGAAGAAUAAUGGGUCCUGAAGCUAUAAAACCCUUGCGCUAUAUACAUCAAUCAGAGGAGCUCACCUGUACAUAUUAAGGAAUGAGGGAAAAGGUUUGGAAGUGAAAGUGCAUAAAAGGACUUUAUAGACCGGGCAUUGACUGCCAAG